GAAGGAGUUCGUUUGGCAGCGACGCAAAUUUCAUGUUUUGAACUGGUAAUUUCUCAUUAAUCCACGCAAAGAUAUGUGAGUUCUUGUUCGUGUAUGAAUUUACUUGCGGUUCUCUAGCUCAAAGUUUGGUUCACUUUGUAUAUGCACGGAAGGUGUUUGUUGAUUUGUCUGUGAAAAUCUAAUGAUUCCAUUUGUGAUGAAAUUGUGUCACAUAGUGUCUGUGGGGAGAGUUUUAGUGGGUUUUUAUCUUUAAAUGUUUUUACUUGUAUUCUCGCGUUAGAUAUUAGGUUUAGCCUAAACCUGCAGCUGCACGAAGCCCGCAUCCUCAAACUGUAAAGUGAAGUAAGCAUAUCACUUCUGGGACUAUAGGAAGUUGGGAGGUGGUGAUACUCUAGUAGCAAUGACAACGGAAACGGCAAAGAAGAAGGGAACUCCACAGAUUUUUAAAACAGAUAAGGCACAAAAACUUGCUGAGAAGUGGGUUGCCAGUAUGACGAGGCCCACAGAGGAUGAUCCUAUUGAGACUGCACAAGAAGAACGACCACACAGGCUUGGACUUGGUGCUCAAGUGUCACGACAAACAAAGCGUAGACCUUCAGACGACCCUCUCGAUCAGAAACUAGAAGCCAAGUUUGCUGCAGUGAAAAGAAAAAAUGCAAGAUUGGUUGCAGAAGCUGCUGGUUCUAGUAAGAAUGCCGGUGAUGACAGUGAGGAUGAUGAUGAAUCAGAAAGCAAAAGCCAAGCAUUUGGUAAGAAAAAGAAAAAUACAAGUACUCCUCAUUAG